AUGAAUACCUCGAUUGAAAAAUCGUCUUCUGAACCCGACUUACAUGUUACACCGCCGAAUUUUGUUGUUAGUCGUAAAAAGAGGGCUAGAACGGAUGACUAUAUAACUGUACCUGAAUUUACCUCCUGUAAGGAUGACAUCACGAAGUCAAUGACAGCACUUUUUGCUGCUUCCGAUAAGAAGAUGAACGAAAUGUUAGUGAGUAUUAAGGAUGUUCAGGGUACUAACCGCGGCAUUUUGGACUCAGUUUCCCUAUUAGCGGAGCAAAAUGAACAGUUAAGAAAAGAAAUUGAAUCACUAAAACUUCAGGGUAGAGAGGAUAGGGAAUAUAUUGCUAUACUUGAAAACAAAAUUGAGGACCUUCAAAUGUCAAAUCGUAAACAGAACUUGGAAUUGAAAAAUGUUCCUCGAAAAGAAAAUGAAUCGAAGGAGGACUUGGUAGAAAUGGUUAUCAACUUAUCAAAAACUAUUGGAUGUGAAGUUUCAAAAAAAGACAUAAGUGAUAUUUACAGAGUACGUGGUAAGAAAGAUGCUCCCAAGAACUUACCAAUUGUGAUCGAAACAACGUCAACUUUUGUGAAGACCGACAUUAUGAGGAUGGCGAAAAACUUUAAUAUAAGAAAUAAAACGAAACUCACCGCUAAGCAUUUGGGUUUCCGAAAAGAUGAGGAAGUCCCUAUCUUUAUUUCCGAAAAUCUGACGAGUAAAGGAUCGCGAUUACACUUUUUGGCACGGGACCUAGUGAAGAGUAAAAACUAUAAAUUUUGUUGGACAGCGUAUGGUAAAGUCUACGUCAGAAGAACUGAAAACUCUCCUAUCAUCAUCAUAAGGUCGGAAGCUCAAUGUCAGGAUCUUAUGAAUGCCACGUGA